AUGAGACUCAACGUGGAGCUGGUAUGGCCAGAGUCAGAGGCGUAUUCGUCACGGUUCACUCGUCAGGAUUUCUGUUUGAUCACAGGGCUUCGUUUUGGGGAAGUGCCUGAAGUUUCCAGUGGAGAAAAUGACAUCUACAAGCUAGCUCUUGUUUACUUUGCUGAGUUAGUGGUUUUGGGAAUGGACAAGUAUUUGAACAUCAAUAUAAAUUACCUGACCCUUGUAGAGGACUUGGAUGUGUUCCAUAGGUAUCCGUGGGGUUCAGUGUCCUUUGACAAAACCCAAGACAGUCUAUUUUCUGCACCAACAAAGUAUGUGAAAACCUUUGAAAAUGAAGAGGGAAGAGGGAAGGGAAAAAGUAAGGUAACGGGAACAAGCCGGAGAAAUGAGAAGGGCAAGAAGGAUAAGCAUGGUGAAGUGCAAAGGAGUGGCUGUAGUUUUAAAGGUUUCACGUAUGUUUUCCAAAUUUGGGUAUAUGAAUUAAUUCCUAGAAUAGUAGACCUGAAUUACUGCAAGAUUGUUGAUCCGACAGCUCUCUCGCGUAUUUUGCGAUUGAGAACUACUACGUCUAUUCCCGAGAUGAGAAAGUUGAACAAUUAUUUUUUCCAGAGCAAAAAGUCAGUUCAGUUGUGGGCGCUAUGUCCUAGUGAAGAGGAAAUGAGACAACCAUAUUGGAGUUGGCCACAGGAUCGCCCUGCUAUCGUCUCGGCAGAGUCAAUUCCUUUUUCAUGUGCUGACCUUGAUGAGUUGAACAAAGUGGUAAGCUUGUUGAGGUUCGAGUUGUUUCAAGUAAAGCGGGAAAAUGAUGUCCUUGAGUUAAAGGUCAUAUGGAUGGAAAAAAUUUUGGACCACUGUUUAGGUCCUCAGUUUGAGCAGGAAGUAAGGAGGGACCUAGCUUUACUGAAAGGGAAGACGAAUCAUUGUGCCACCUCACAUCUAUUUAAGGGAAGUGAGGAAAUGGAUGACAUUCGAUGGGAUGAAGGGCCAAGUAACAGAUUUAAGGGAGAGGAAAAUGAAGAGGAGGGGAUUGAAGGGGGUGAAGAGCCAAGUAAUAGAAAUGAGGGAGAGGAAAAGGAAGAGGAGGGGAUUGAAGGGGGUGAAGUGCAAAGAAAACCAAGUGAGGUAGAGGAAGCUCAAAGGAAAAGAAGUGAGGGAGAGCAAGUGAAAAUAAAAAGCAGCAAGGGAGAGGAAGCGUAA